CUUGAAUUUCGAAAGAACCUAUCUCUCAUUUCAGAACUCUACAAAGGUGGUACAAGAUGAGGGGCAUCUCUGCUUGGACGACGUCGACACUGCUCGCUGUAGCAGCUCUGGUUACAGCUCAUGGAGAGCCGAAUUUGAAGCAUGAGCACGCCGGAGAUGUAUUUAGGAAACUUCAUCGAAAGCAAUGCUAUCUCGACGGCCCGGCAAGUAAUGGCAGCUCGACUGGAGAGUAUCGAACCGUGGAUGGCGUCGACCUCUACGUCGCCCACCCACCAUCCCGCCACCACAAGAAAACCAAAACAACCCCACCAGCCAUAAUCUACCUAACCGACAUCUUCGGCGUCCAACUCCUCAACAACCGCCUCCUAGCCGACGCCUUCUCCAAAGCCGGCUACCUCACCAUAAUCCCCGACCUCUUCCGCGGCGACCCCGUCCCAGCCAACGCUCUCUCAGACCCCAACUCCAACUUCAACAUCACCGAAUGGCAAACCCGGCACCCCGCCUCCGAAAUCGAAAGCAUCAUAACCUCCACCCUCCGCACCACAACCUCCGAAUACGGCAUCCCCUCAACCAAAAUCGGCGCCGUCGGCUAUUGCUUCGGUGGAAAAUAUAUCGCCCGCUACCUCUCCUCAAACUCAACCCGAGGAAACUUAACCUUCGCAGCAGGUUUCACAGCUCAUCCUUCCAACACUCUACCUUCCGAAUGGGAAGCGAUUGAAAAUCCAAUUAGUAUCGCGUUUGGAGAAUUAGAUGCUUCGAGUACACCAGAGAAUCGCACGAAUAUUGAAGGGAUUUUUAUCGAGGGGAAUAAAACUUUUCAGACGAAUUUGUAUGCGGAUGCGGAGCAUGGGUUUGCGGUGAGGACGAAUUUGACGGAUCCGAAGAAGAGGUUUGCGCAGGAAAGUGCGUAUUUGCAGGCGGUGAGGUGGUUUGAUCAGUGGGUUAAGGAGGAUGAGGAUGAUGAGUGAAUGACGGGAUGAUGAAUGUGUAAUAUUUUCGGGAGGGAAGGUGCGUUGGUGAGAGGAAGGGAGGUCUUGCC